AUGGUCGACUCGCGCGUGCUGAGCCAGCGCAAGUUCGGCUACAUGUCGCCUGCUGCUUUCCAGGCUGCCCAGGUCGCGGCGAAGCGGAAGGGGAAAGAGGAGCUCGAAGCGAGGCCAGCGAAGCGGCAGAGGAUCAAGCGUUACAGGGCGAAGGACUUCCAGACGCCUUUCGCAACGCCAAGGGAGGUGGAGGAGUGGUUCGCAGAAUAUCCGGCUCUUUCUCAGCGCAACUUCUACAUCGUCCAGAACCAUUGGGCCACGCGGGAUCACUACGACUUGCGCGUCCAGCUCGACGGCCGCACAACGUCGUGGGCUAUUCCAGCUACCCUUGCCGAUCCGACGAAGCAGCUGCGCCGACAAGCCAUCGAAACGAACCCACACCCUAUGUCAUACAGUCUCUUCGAAGGGCGCGAUCCGAAAGGACCGAACAUCACGGGCGUCUGGGAUAUCGGCACUUACAAGGUCUACAAGUCGAUGCGCGCCGAACGUCAAGAUGAGAAGACCCGCUCGGAAGGCAUCGAUGAUGCGGAGACGACCGACGAAGAUGCAACGCCGGUCGAGGAAGACGACUUUCAAGAGCACCUGUUCCGCGAUGCCUGGCAUCGUUGCGUUGGCCUCGAGACUCCUGCAGUCGGACGCUGGCCUCGACAACCGGCGCCUCGAGACGACGGCAAGCGACACGGAUUUGUGCUCGAGCUCAACGGCGAGCGCUACCAAGGGCUUCGCUUGUCCUUCGUGCACGGCUCGGACGAGGUCAAGCACAACGUGUCAAAGUACACUGGCCAGCUCGAAGCGCAUCGUAUCUGGCUUCUGACUCUGCACGCCGCCAAGUCCAAAUCGCUCGCCUCGACCGAGAACCUCGACAUCCCGCGCGACCGCUCGCUCCUCACGCGCCGCACGAUGGAAGAGAUCGGCCGCGACUCAACCGCGUGGUACAAAGCGUGCAUCGAAGCCGACGAGCAAGACACAGACGACGAGGGAAGCGAGACGACGGGCGACGGAACGCAGCGUAAGGGACGGAGGCAGCGCGAGAUGGAGGGAGACUUUCGCCGAGGUUGA